CUCAUUUGUCUUUGUAAAAGGUCUCGUUUUUAAUCAUCUGUCGGAGCUGAAUUCGCGCAAAUGGAUCGAAUUCCUUUGUUUUUUUCACUUGGGUCUCUUUUGUUUUAUGCUUUUGUUGGCUUAAUUCCCAGAAAGUCGCAUUUUUGUGGAUAAAGAUGCAAUCUUUCUACGUGUCCUGUAGCACGGGGCAUUCACUUCGCAGCUCUCGAGCGAUGUCAUUGGUUGAGUUACUGGUGAUCUAGAGAUGUAAAAAAUUACGAUAACUUGUAGCGCAAGCUAAUGUGGGUCAAAAGCCUAGUCUGCGUCUCCACGCUUUUGUUUUCAUGGUAGAUGGUUGUAUAUGUAUGGUACCAUGUACUCCUUUUAAAAUUAAAUUUGUCUGUGGGGUAAUCCUUUUGAGGUGUAUUGUUGUGGAACUUGUUAUUGCCGCAUUUGAAUUAUGUAGUUACUUCUGCCGUUCUGCAUUAGAUGCGUUAGCAGAUAGAUGGUUAUACAGAAAUUAGAGAAGUGAAUGCUCUAAUGCACUUUACUCUGCACUGAAUUGUCUGUUCUGGAGUUGUCGCCUCUUUGAAAACUUUGCAGUGCAGAGCAAGUUCAGAGAGAUAGUUUUCAACUGAACCAAUGAAGGAGUAUUUUGAGAUCCCUUGGGCAAGCUUGAGGGCGAUGGUCGAGCCAUCUGUUGCUGAAAGAUCAGUUAUUGACCAUGGAGCUUACUUCACGAGUGGCCAGAUUGUCUGCUCUGCUGCUGUGGACAUUAGAGAUGGUGAAGUGUUGACUGCCGAUGGCUCCAGGUUCCCAUUUGACUAUCUUGUCAUUGCCACGGGGCACAGAGAUUCAGUUCCCAGAUCUAGAAGUGAACGGCUUAUACAAUACAAAGCAGAAUGUGAUAAGAUAAAGUCUGCUAAUUCCAUCUUGAUUGUCGGGGGUGGCCCUACUGGCGUGGAACUUGCUGGUGAAAUCAGUGUUGACUUUCCAGAUAAGAAGGUGACGUUGGUGCAUCGAGGGUCUAGGUUGCUUGAAUUUAUUGGUCCGAAGGCCUCCCAAAAGACAUUCAACUGGUUGACAACAAGGAGGGUAGAAGUGAUCCUGGAACAAUCUGUUGAUUUAACCAAUGUAUCAGAUGGCACCUAUCAAACAUCUGCAGGAGAAACCCUCAAAGCCGAUUGCCAUUUUUUGUGCACAGGGAAGCCAAUUGGUUCCUCAUGGCUUAGGGAGACUAUACUAAAGGAUAGCUUGGAUAAUCGUGGAAGAUUGAUGGUGGAUGAGCAAUUAAGGGUUAAAGGUCACAACAAUGUCUUUGCCAUAGGAGACAUCACAGACAUUCCGGAAUUAAAGCAAGGUUAUUUGGCUCAACGACAUGCAGAAGUUACCGUCAAGAACUUGAAGCUUUUGAUGACUGGAGGGAGAGAAAGCAAGAUGGCUACUUACAAGCCUGGUUCAGCAAUCGCUCUUGUUUCGCUCGGCAGGAAAGAGGCCGUGGCGCAGUUUCCCCUGAUAACAGUGAUUGGAUGUGUCCCUGGCAUGAUAAAAUCUGGGGAUCUGUUCGUGGGGAAGACGAGGAAACAACUCGGCUUGAACCCAUAGUCCUUUCCAUAGAGUUGGACGACUACAUGUAUGUUGAUGUUCGAAGUCAAUACUGUUUUAUUGAUCUGGAUAUCAGAUGUAAAGUCUCCUGAUCAGCUUCAGGAGCAAUCUCGACUCUAAGAAACAGGUUGAUUCAUAUUGAUUAUUGAAAUGUUCUCGAUUCUGUUGUACUCA